AUGCUGGGUCUGGAGAACCGACCUGAGAACAAGAUUUUCGCAAACAAGUUGUUUCGAGACUAUAUGGCAAUGAGUGGAUACAGUCUAGCUUUCAAGACGAUUAGGAAGUAUCUGAACCAAAUGGCAGACGCGCUAGCAGUGGCGCGCAACUAA